CAAUAAUUUAUGUUAUUCUUGAAAAUACGCUUUGUACAUUAUGUAGUUGGAAAACAAUGUACGGUAACAGCGUUUGCAACAGCUUCUGCAGCCGCUGCAUUGCCAGUUAACUUUAACAUAUUAGAUAACGAUCUAAAAAUCCAUUCCUCGAUUACAAGGUUCGUAAUGCCAAUAGGCACUAACAUUAAUAUGGAUGGAACCGCUUUAUUUCUUGCAUCUUCUACAGUAUUUUUAGCACAAAUGACGGGAUUUAAUUUAGGAACUGGAACCGUUUUAACAAUAUGGUUAACAUCAACGAUUAUGUCUUUCUCUUCAGCAAGUGUACCUAGUGCAGCAUUAGUGCUUGUUUUAAUGAUUGUCACUUCAAUGGGGAUCCCCACAAAAGAUUUACCUUUAUUAUUUGCUAUUGACUGGUUGGUCGAUCGACUAAGAACUACUAGUAAUAUGUUGGGUGAUUGUUAUACCGUAGCAAUUGUAGAAAAAUUAUCAAAGGAAGAACUUUUGGAGUGUACAUUGAGUAACGAUGAAGCGUCCAGUGAGCUACUUUUAAAACAAAAUAACGAAAUAUUGGAGGAUAUGCUUCCCAGUUAGAUUUUAAAAUUUCAGUAUUAUUUAGAAGAAAUCUAUUAUGGUACGGCCAUGUCUCUAUCUAAAUUUGUGAAAAAAUGUGAAUUUAUUGAUAUAUAUUUUAGUAAUAACCAAUAUAUUAUCAAGUUGACAAACCUCCAUACAUUGAUAAUGGGAUGCCAAUUAAAAAGUGGCCGC